AUUGAUCCACUGCAGGACUCUGUUUCAGGGGGUGUGAAUUAUGGGCCCCUGUUGUCACCGUGCCUGCUCUGCGCUGGACAUUUCACCUCGCCACUGUAAAUUUACAAAGGGGAUUACAUUCUGCUGACCAGUGAUUUCAAAGCCGUACCCGGUGCUGGUCCCUCCCUGCAUGACAGAGGACUUCAUUGCGGGGUUUGGUGGUUUUAUUUUAUAUAUAUAUAUAUAUAUAAAAGGGUCUGGAACAAGGCUGCCGGGAAAGAAAACGGAUCUGGACUACAGACACAGUCAGUAAGUCGCUGUUUACGCAUUGAAGAAAAAAAGAAAAAGACUCUUACUCUCUAGAGAGAGACUGUGCGGGGCGAGAAAAAAAACCCAAACAGAACGAUUUGUAGUUGCCUGUGCGUUUUGAACGCGCUCCUUAUGAACGGUGAUGCCUCGGCGACGCGCCGGAGUCGUAGAGGGAAGAGGCAGGUGAGGUGCGGCUGAGGAGCGUUAUUCCAGAGAGCCUUGGAUACCAGGAGAGCUGCUGCAGCCGUCACCCUUUUUUCCACUGAGGGAAACAAGAACGACAGAGAGGGCGGGUUGGCACCUGCUCCAGCCUCCCCAUACCUGGCCAUCUGGUGCGUGCAUGUGUGCUGCUGCCAUGGCAACAGUGGCUCCUCCCCUAGCGCUUCUUCUCCUGCUGCUUCAGCUGGCUGAUGGCUCAUUCCCAGAGGAGCCAGGUCCACUCAGCUAUGUCCCUGUAGAGGUGGUGAGGAGAUACCCCGUGUUCCUGGGCAGAGCCCAUCGUUCCGCUCUGAGGCAGGAGCUACACAUCCAAACGGUCCUCCAAGUCAACCGCACGCUUUACAUCGGAGCCAGAGAUGACUUGUACAGAGUGGAGCUGGACAACAUGGCAGGCGAAGAAAUGUUUUACAGCAAGAAAAGGACCUGGGAGUCCAACAAGAACGACAUUCGAGUGUGUCGGAUGAAGGGCAAACAUGAGGGAGAGUGUCGUAAUUUCAUCAAGGUCUUGCUCAGCCAGCACGAUGGCCUGUUUGUAUGUGGAACAAACGCUUUCAACCCCCUGUGUGCCAACUACACUCGAGACACUCUAGAAAUGGCAGGAGAGCCCGUCAGCGGGAUGGCCCGGUGUCCAUAUGAUCCUCGACACGCUAAUGUGGCGUUAUUCGCAGAUGGAAGUCUUUUUACCGGCACUGUGACAGAUUUUCUGGCCAUCGACGCGGUGAUCUAUCGUAGUCUCGGCGACAGCCCAGCUCUCCGCACUGUGAAGCACGACUCUAAAUGGUUUCGAGAGCCCUACUUUGUCAGUGCCAUGGAGUGGGGACCACAUAUUUAUUUCUUCUUUAGAGAGAUGGCCAUGGAGUUUCAUCAUCUGGAGAAGGUUAUGGUGUCCCGUGUGGCACGCGUGUGUAAAUCAGACUUGGGUGGCUCUCAGCGUGUCCUUGAGAAACAGUGGACCACAUUCCUAAAGGCGCGACUGAACUGCUCCAUCCCCGGAGACUCCCAUUUUUACUUCAACCUCCUCCACGCCACCAGCAACAUCAUCCACAUGCAGGGACGGGAUGUCAUCCUGGGUCUGUUUUCCACACCACCAAACAGCAUCCCAGGCUCUGCAGUUUGCGUGUUCGACAUGCAGCAGCUCGCUCAUGUUUUUGAGGGCCGAUUUAAAGAGCAGAAAUCCCCAGAGUCCAUUUGGACACCUGUACCAGACGAAGCAGUGCCUAAACCAAGGCCCGGUGGGUGUGCAGUGCAAGGAUCUAGAUUUAGCACCUCAACAACUUUACCAGAUGAGGUUCUGAACUUUGUGAAGACACAUCCGCUAAUGGAUGAGACUGUGCCGCUGCUGGGACACAGACCCUGGGUGGUCAAGACUAUGGGAAGGUACCAGCUGACAGCCAUGGUGGUAGACACAGAAGCUGGCCCCCACAAGAACCGCACUGUCUUGUUCCUGGGCUCCACCCGAGGGACCAUUCUCAAGUUCCUAAUGAUUUCUGGUGGAGAUUCAGUCUCCCACAGCAGCGUGUUUUUGGAGGAAGUGGAGGGAUUCAAUCCUGAGAAGUGUGGUGAGGACUCUCCUCAGGCCCGUCAGCUCCUGUCCCUGACAUUGGACCGAACCAGCCACACUCUGCUGCUGGCCUUCCCCUCCUGUCUGGUCAGAGUCCCCACAUCUCGCUGUCACCUGCACGCUCGCUGUAUGAAGAGCUGUCUCGCCUCAAGAGAUCCAUACUGUGGAUGGACCAGAGGCAGUACCUGCUCCUUUCUGAGGCCAGGGACAAGAAUCCCCUUUCAACAAGAUGUGGAAUAUGGAAACACCACCUCCCAUCUAGUAGACUGUGAUGGAAUUCUGCAGCAGAGUUUGGUGAUUGAGCCAGAGAGCCUGGUCUCCCUCAAUCUCCUGGUCGCGUCUGCAGUCUCGGCCUUCACCAUUGGGGCAGCGCUCUCUGGGCUCGCCGUGUGCUGGAUCAUGGCCCACAAACCUGCCAACCGUCGUCACGGCGGCAGCUCCCAGUCCUCCAUCCAGCGGCGUGAGAGGGGCCUGCUGAGUAACUCUGGCGGGAUGGCUGGCUCUGUGCUGAGCGUCACAAGGCAAGGAGGUGGAGAGCGCUCAUGCUCACAGGGUGGGGAGACCCUGUUUGUUAUGCCCAAUGGCUGGGUCAAAUCGGGAGAGCUCGACCCGGGAUUCCUGCCCACUCCUGAGCAUACCCCGCAGCAGAAACGCAGAGGCCUACGACUGUCUGACUCCAACUCCGGAGGCUGGGACACCAGCCAGACGUACCUGGGCGGAGGGUCUGUUGGUCUGGGCUCGCCCUGCCGCAUGCCGCCCUCUGUCUACCUGACCACUAGACUCUUUCAGCAGGGUGGAGGGGGGAGACAUGGCGGUGAGGGACGGGGGAACGACACACCUCGCCAGCACUAUGUCUGCUUGAGCAAACAAGAAAAAGGAGGGAAAGGCACCCCUAGAGCACCCGUUAGAAAGUCUGCAGGAGAAUAUGUCUACCCCAUGACCCCUCAGGACUCUCCUGAGCGCAGGAGGGUAGUAUCGGCACCAAGUGCCCCUGCUGAGUACAGCGAGCCGCUGCCCUUGCGUUGGCCAGCCCCAGAAGGGUACAUCCUGAGCAGCCAUGGGAUGAUCCCUGUCCCCCUACCGCCUCCCACCAUGCCCCCUCCCGGUGGUCAGGCCUACAUGUCCCAGCAGCACACGCCAGGUCUGAGCAGGGCUCUGCUGAGAGGAGCUCUGGAGCGGGGGGAGUUGGGGGAGCUGGUGGAUCUCAGCCAGCUGAUGAGCAAGAAAAACUGCAGUGAUAGGACUCAGGCAGGCCAGUGAUUUCGGAGGAAGUGAAGCAUUCCUUCCAUGUGUGGAGUGCGCCGUUAAAUUUCCAUGGAUCUCUCUCCUUUCUCCUCAUUCUGUCAAUCCCCCUCCCUCCCUUUUCCAUCCUCUACUCUCCACAUCUAUAUUUCACUGUCAUUCAGCUUCCUCUCUCCUUUCACUCUCUCAGGCAAACCUCUUCACCCUGUAACGAGUCUUUGCCUUCAACUGGCUGCUGGCUCUGCCACUCAUAUCCUUGCUCUUAUUAAUUGGUCAGACCGACUGAGGUUGUUGCCGUGUCUGCAAUGCAGAGUUGCCUUUCCCUCCAGCUCUUUGGGAUGAGAGAGAGGAGGGGAUGGAGGGAAAAAGAGAUGGAAAGAAAACCAAACCAGGAGCAUUGAGGAUAAGGACAAAGAUUUAAAGAAUGCCUUCCUUCUGCAAAUUGACUGGAUGCUUUGUCCCUUCUCUAUGACAUUACAGAGACUGCUAGCCAUCUGUUCCUAAGUGUAUUUCCUAUCGCUCUGAUUGCCAACAAGGUACUUGAAGGAAAAUUGCAAACUCUGAAGACUAUCUAAGUAUCUAAAGUUGGAGGUGAAUCAACAGGCAGUCAUUGGGACUGAACAGAUGAGUCUAAGCAGAACCCUCCCUGAUUUCCUUUUUAUAUUCUUUCACCUUGCUACACACGCAGAGCUUACACAUGAUUGUACAGGUGGAUCCCAUGUAUUCUACAAAAAGCAUGACUUGUGUGCCAAAUGCCUCUAACAUGCAGGGAUACGGGACCAUAACUCAUGCCUGUGGAGAGGAGAGUGCAGCACUGAAGUGUCAGCACUAUUCCUGCCAACUGCCCCCUCUGUGUAAUGACAGCAUCUCAGCUGUCCGUCUCCCCCCUCCAAACACCCCCCUUAUACGCCCCGUUCUCUUUAAUGACCAGUGAUUCCUCAAGGACGCCUGGUGGGACUGCGCCACGCCAUUGGAGGGAUGUGGAAAACAAUUAGCUGAAUUGAGGACAUUAAGGGGGAAAAAAAAUCAGAGGUGUUGUUCUGAGAAGAAACUAAAAUCGCUGCAAUAUAUAAAGACCUUUACCGCCAUUUCGGUUUUAUUCUCCAUUUAAACACUUGGAUUAGUGAUAUUUAUAGAACCCAGCCUGAUUUUGUGGGGGCAUAUUUCCUUUGUAGCCCUACAGUGGGUCAAGGUCCUUUUGGAUGUGACACAGUACAAUGUGACAGUUACAGUGAUAAUGAUUGAAACCUCUGGCUUAACUCAGAGGCAGCAGGGGGAAUGGAAAUGUCCCCCGCCGCCAAAUGGAACUGUAUAUUCAACCUAUCAAAGUGUCCUGUGCUGUGAAGCAUUCUACAUUUAGAGCUACACACUGCAGCUUCAAAUUACAGCAGAGGCUAAAGAUAUAGUUCUGGAGACUUUUAUUGGCACCCCUGGUAAAGAUAGAGAGAAAGCCUAAAAAUAAAUUCAUCAUUUACUGUGGCAACAUAAUCUCCCUCUGAAAACUUUUGAAAAUCCAAAAAUUUAAUUGUGAAGAAAUAAUUGUUUUAUCAGACUCAGAGGGGCCACAGUUUUUGGUACUCAGGCUGUUAAUAGUUUGCCAAUAGGAUGGUAUAUUGACUUCUACUAUAACAACUCAAAUAUUUUGCCAUAUGCUCUCUUUUAUUCAGUUCACCCCACAGGUUUUCAGUAGGAUCAGAGCUGACCUGUUCAUUCUUUAUUUCACUCCAUACCCACCUACAGUUAUUUUGUUGCUCAAAUUAAGCAAAUGCGACCUCAAUCUGGAUUUUCCCAUAUCCAGCUUUUUUCAUGCUAUCAUAUGUGCCUCAAAAUCAGAUACGUAUUGGAUAGUUUUCAGAGCGUCUGCAGUCUGAAAUGUUAUGUCACAUGUUAUCUGACCUUUGUGUCUUUGGAGAUGAGUGCUCUGUUGAGUCUUAAGGAGAGGCACUGACAGAUUAAGUCAAAGGUGUUCCUUAAAACACCUCUGACACCUUUGAAACUAUGAAAAAAGUCUGCAUCAGUGGAGCGCAACACAUGUACAAUCCUUGUACAAAUCCAGACAGACUAGUUUACAGAAGUCUUUUUUGUUAGCUUUUUUCAUUUUCUUAUGAUCUUGUGGCAAUACUGUCAGUUCCCAUUGCUGAAUAACUUUAAAAUCAAUCAAUGGACAAUUUUAGUUCCAUUAUCCCGUAAAAAUGGGCUGCUGUGUGACAUCUGCACAAGUGGGUCGCGUUUACACAGAAGUCUGAUUGCAAUCUGAUUUAGUUGAUAGCAUGAACACCCACACACCCAAAUAAAUAAAUGGAUUUCAGAAAAAAAAAAUAAAAAUUGGAAUUGAGCAUCUAGACCUGCUGUGUGAAUGUAGUCAUCUGCCCACAGCAUGUGGCUACAAAUAAAUCCCAAUGAUUUUAGCAAACAUCAACUUUUUACAUUCAUGCUAAAAGCAAAGGCUCUUUUCCGAAAUCGUUUCCAGUCAAGCAGAUGACAUGAAAAUAGCAUCUAAAAGAUUUAUAAAGGUUGUGGUGAUUCUUUUUUUUUUAUCUCCCUUUCAUCCUCCUCAACAGCCUAGUCCUGGGUGAUUUAUUGGAAAUUUGUAAAACUCUAAUCAAACCAAUCAGUUUAAAAAAUAGUGCCAAAUAAGUGUAUUUUCCAAGGGAUUGUCACAACUAUCAUUAUGUUUCACUGAAUGCUUUAUUAAAAACUAAUUCCCCCCUCUCCAAAUUAAUGUACUUAAAUUAAAGGGUGCAUUUUUCUAAACGUUUUUUGUGAGAUCAUCCAGCUACUAUGAAAGAUUGAUUUAUUUUAAAGUUUCAAACAUGUUAAGGGGUGCCAUUAAACGUUAUCUGCACUGAAUAAAAAGGGUGAAACUUGAUCAUAACUUUACAAGAAGGCUUGAUUCGUCAGUCCUAGUCUGUUAAUUGACCAAUAAACGCUGGUUUGUGGGCAGCAAUAUAUACUUUAAAUGUACAUAUGAAACUUUGAUUUAGAUUAAAUGAUAAUGUAAGACUGUAGCUCCAAAAUAUAUAAAUAUAUAUACAUAUAUAGGCAGGCGUCAGGCUUGCAGGCAGAACAUUUUUCAUGCCAUUAAUGUUUUUAUAUCCAAAUGAUUCAUAUCAACUGGCUCUAAGAUGGAUCUCACAGAGUCACAAGUGUGUCUUUUUCACAUCGUUGUGCCAAACCCAGCUGAUGGAAGACUUACUGAUGCCUGAUUCUACAGAAGCAAAAACAAAAAAACAAAAAAAAAAACUGAGAGAAACGUCUUUAAGUGCCAUGAUGAAGUCCAUUUCAGUCAGCAGUGCACCUUUUUCAUGUACUGUGGUUUUGAAGAACUCUCUAAUUGCAGUAUACUUGUGACAUGUAUGCCUUUGACCUUACAUGCUGAAUGUUUUCUUCUUCUUUUUUUUUUCUUACGAGAUUUUGGCUUGUACUGUUGAGAUCAUUUUUUUUCAGCUCCCCUCUUUGUUGCUGAAUGCUACUUUAACUUUUCAUGCCAUUCACUGUAAAUAUGUAAGAUUAAAUACUGACUACUUGUCACGCCCGCUGUGGUCGCAGUGUUUCUGUACUCUCCCAGAUGACAUGAACUGUGUGUUCGGCUCACAUUUUUAUGACGAUGAUUCCUGAAUACUUUAUAAGCAAACCUUCAAAUGGACUGAAACGCUUUGAGGGAACACUGUGUGACUCAUUUGUGAGGUUUUUUUGUUUGCAGUCUAGUGAUUGUCUUUCUUUGCCAACCAAACUGCCAUACCGAGAGAUCUCCAACCUGAUUAGUGAAUGUGCUCAUCUUGUUUUUCUUUGUGGUCACCAUACUGUGCGAUAAUAAUGAAAAGCACAAAUCUGUGUCAUUGUUUCUUUAGCGUUUUUCUUAUUAUUAUUAUUAUUAUUAUUAUUUUGAAGGAGCUGUCUGUAUCAUUUGUGAAUAGUGUAAAUAAUCAUCCUGAAUGUAUCGUGUAUUGGGUUUAUUGGGGGGAGGAGAGGGAAAGGGACAUCGCUUUCCUCUGUCUUUUAAGACAAGACUGCAAAGAAUUUUUUUUUUUCGGUGACAAUGCUGUGAAUAAAACGUACGUAAAAUGACCUGAUGUGACUUUUGCUAAGCGCAGAGUUCAGCUGUCUCCUUCGGUUUCUUAGAUUAGGAUUGAAAGCCCGACCUCAGUCGCUGCUCAACCUUCUCAUUUGACUGAUGCCUGUAAUGUCUUUUUUGCAGUCUCUACGCUGCAGCUGAUAAUAAUCAGUACUGCUAUUAAAUGGCAUUAUGUAAUUGA